CAGAUACAUUUUAAGAAUCUAAGGUCAGAAAUAAUCUAAUAUUAGGGCAUAGUCUAAAAAUUAAACAAUUUGUAGGCCUCAGGUAGAAACUCCUACGGAAAAGAGGGAGGAUGGAGGAGUACUCACGGGAGCCCUGCCCCCAUCGCAUCGUCGACGAUUGCGGAGGAGCCUUUGCCAUGGGUUCCAUUGGAGGCGGAGUCUUUCAGGGCCUGAAGGGAUUCCGGAAUGCACCUCAGGGUAUAGGUCGAAGGAUUGCCGGAAGCGUAGCGGCAAUGAAGGCCAGAUCGCCCGUGAUUGCCGGGAGUUUUGCUGCCUGGGGAGCAGUGUUCAGUAUUGUGGACUGCAGUCUGGUUCAUCUGCGCCAGAAGGAAGAUCCCUGGAAUUCGAUCGUGAGCGGUGCAGUUACCGGAGGAGUUUUAGCCUCACGCAAUGGAAUGGCCGCCAUGGCAGGAAGUGCAAUUAUCGGAGGAGUACUACUCUCUAUGAUCGAGGGUGUGGGCAUUCUAUUCACCCGUCUCUCGGCAGAUCAGUUUCGAAACCCUGCCCCGCCAAACAUUAUAGACACACCCGGAGGAUAUGGCGACUUGGAUUCCUCAUCAGGCUACGGAUUCCCCGUUGGUCAGCAGGCAAAUGUUACAAGCUAAAUUUCCGUUAUUGUUCCCUGGCCAGAACCCAGUUUAAUAUCUAUUUAAUGCUUCAUUCAUCUGAAUAAUCCUAAAAAAUAAAUUAUUAAUUUGAAA